AUGGGGGAUGGGGCUGUACUGUUCAUCGUAUGCUGCAUGAUGGCUGUAGGCACGUACCUAGUGGCUACGUUGCCGUUGGUAUUCCAGCUCUCGCGAAGCAGUCUGCGAAAACUGGAGCUAUGGGGUGCAGGUCUGCUGCUGGGCGCCGCCCUCACAGUGGUGAUUCCAGAGGGCAUUGCGAGCGUAUACAAGGGUGAUAUGUGCCCAGGUCCAGGCCAAGAGCAUCCAAAGAAAGAACAUCAUUUUCUUCGCCCCAAAGAUGUGAUUGCAUUAAGCCUUCUCUGUGGCUUUGUGCUGAUGUUUGUCGUGGAUCAACACAUGAUAGCGCAGUCGCACCGACAGGGAGAACAAAAUGGGCAGCCCGUGUCGAUGACACAUGGCGAAGAAGGGCCUGAAGAGAGUUCGUCCGAGUGGCGUCCCAAUGCGAGUUUCCAUCAAUCGUUCAAAAAGAUGGUGGGUAAUCUAUUAGGUGUGCUACUGCAUGCCGUAGCCGAUGGUAUUGCCAUGGGCUCCUCGAUUGAAAGCGUAGAUACAUCAUUGCGCUUUGUUGUGGUGCUCGCGAUCAUGGUGCACAAGGCACCUGCGUCGAUUGGGAUUUGCACGUUGAUGAUGUCACGACAGCUUCGGCGCAAUGACAUUCAUCUCGGCAUUCUCAUAUUCAGUUUGACGACGCCCAUUAGUGCGUUGCUCACAUACUUUACUCUCCAGAUGCUGUUUGUCACGUCGGCCAGCUCUGGUGAUGGGAUGGAUGCGCGUGAAAUUGGUGCCAUAUUGUCGUUUAGUGGCGGUACGUUCCUUUACGUGGCGAUCCAUGCUGUAAUGGAGCUGGCAUCGUCGGAGGCAGAUGUUCUCGCGGCCACCCACAGUGAGCAUGUCCACCAUCCCCAUGACCAUGACCACCCCAUCCACGCGCAUCUCGCGGCCCCGUCUAGCCAUACACCGCUACACUCGUCACGGACGGAGGAUCCUGAGUCAAUAUCGCCCCUGCCUGUCCAACCAGCACAUCACACCACUUCAUCCCUUGUGUAUGUAGUCCUGGGCUCGAUCGUGCCUCGCCUGCUUCAGCUGCUGAUCGGCGAUCACGUCCAUCCUCAUUAA